CAGAGGCAGUACAGAAGAUGCAGAACAUGGUGACAGACAGCAAGCUGAUCUACCCCAGUCUAGGGGAGUGUCCACCAGUGUUGGCCGCUAGACUGGUAGACUCCAACACCAAGAUAGCUGCAGCAGCCAUCGCGCUGUGUCAGAGCAUUGCUGUAGCCAUGGGGCCGGACUGUAGACAACACAUACGAGCGUUCCUGCCAAACUUCCUCGUCGGCAUGGGCGACACCAAGACGUGGAUCAGAACCGCAGCCAUAUCUUGUGUCAACACGUGGGGAGACCAGUGCGGCUACAGGGAGCUGUUUGACGGAGAGAUGAUCGCUGAUGCCCUCAAAUCCGGUUCACCGGCACUGAGAAGUGAAUUGUGGGGCUGGCUCGCCGAGAAGCUUCCCAACAUCAAGUCAGUGCCGAAGGAGGAGAUGACAGCGUGUAUACCCGUGUUGUUGAACAACCUGGAGGACCGCAACGCAGACGUACGCAAGAACGCGGCUGAGGCUGUGCUAGGAGUGAUGAUGCACACUGGCUAUGGGCCGUUGUCCAACGCUUGUGACAAACUCAAGCCUGGAUCCCAAGGACCUGUAAAAGCCAUUCUGGAGAAGACGAGAGGCAACUUACCUGAAAAACCUGUCCAGAAAUCAAAGUCCGCCUCCAACAUCCCUGCGGACAAGAGCAAAGCGAACGCCAAGAUGGGUCCAGGAUCUACCGCCACGUUUGUCAAGUCUAAACCUAAGGCGGGGGCUGCGUCUGCUGUGGCCAAGCCAACGGGGCGCAAGAAGGAGACGGAGGAAGACACUUCCCCUCUCAUGGUCAACAACGGACUGAAGAAUCAGCGGGCGCUAGACGAACAGAAACUCAAGACGCUCAAGUGGAACUUCACCACUCCGAGGGAGGAGUUUGUGGAGCUGUUGAAGGACCAGAUGCUCGCUGCGGGGGUCAACAAAGGACUCAUAACUAACAUGUUCCAUGUGGACUUCAAGUAUCAUCUGCGAGCGAUCGACAUGCUCAGCGAGGACUUGUCGGCCAACUUGGAAGCGCAGAGAGCCAACCUGGACUUGAUCCUCAAGUGGUUGACCAUCCGGUUCUUCGACACAAACCCCUCGGUGAUCUUGCGAGGUCUGGAGUAUCUACAACUACUGUUUGUCAACCUGUACAACGACGGGUACAGCAUGAUCGACAACGAGGUCUCGUCGUUUGUACCGUAUCUGCUUAUCAAGAUUGGAGACCCGAAGGACGCAGUUCGUAACAGCGUCAAGAUCAUUCUCCGUCAGAUGUGGCAACUGUCCACUGUGCAGAAGCUGUUCCCGUACCUCAUGGAGGGAAUACGCUCCAAGAACGCAAGGCAGAGAGCUGAGUGUUUGGAGCACAUCAGCUUGAUGAUAGACCAGAACGGAUUGUCUGCUUGUGUGCCAAGCGCGUCUGUCGCACUCAAGGAGAUCGCUAAGCAGAUCUCUGACAGAGACAACUCCGUGCGCAGUGCUGCGCUUAAUUGCAUCGUGACUGCUUACUACUACGACGAGAGGGCACUCAAGAUGGUGGGACAUAUAUCGGACAAGGAAAUGUCACUACUGGAGGAGCGCAUCAAACGAGCGUCAAAGAAUCGUCCGGUGGCUAACGUGAAGCCACUACCGCAGGCCCCGCCAGCCAGAGCACCUCCCAGGGAGCCUUCACCUGCGCCUGCGUACGAUGAGCCUGAGGAGGAGGAAGAAGAAGUCCUUCCUCCGCCACUACCAACUAUCCAGAGUCCACCUACAGUCGUUGUGAGUCGGUUCUCUCCCUCGGUGGCUACGGAACCGCAAGAUUACGAGGAAUACCCGAGUUUCGAGAAUUCUCAGGACCAGAGGCACCAUUACAAGAUUCACGACAGCUACGAACUGAUGAACAUUCACGAAGAGAACGGUACCGUAACUGAGAACGGAUACGAUUACAACGGUGUUGAUGUCGAGGAGCCUCGUCCAGUGUCGGGACCUUACGGACUUGACCAGGCGCUACUACAAGACAUAGAAACACAACCCGUCGUCUGCACUCAGCCGAAGCUGAUAGAGUUCGACCUUCACUUCCUCAGGGAGCCCAGCACUAUCAUCAACCCGGCCCCAAAGUUAGAUCACAGUCUCAGCAUGUCUCCGUUGUCUAGAAUGCCCAACAGUAUGACACUGGAGUGGCAUCUGACGCAGAUAGGCAACAGGGACCUUGACAGAGCUCUGGACGCCCUGGCUCACAUAGAGUCUCUACUCAUAAGUGACCAGCACACGCAGUUGUACCAACACGAGGAUCUUCUGGUGAAUCAGCUGGUCAGGCAGCUGGAGUUCCUAAACCAAUCCAACCAUCCAGAGGUCGUCAACUGCUACAAACGCAAUCUGGCGCUCUUCCUCAAGUUUCUCAACAACCAUUCAGAGCUGAGCCGUAACGUGAGGGAGUCUACGGUGCGGGAGGCGCUGAGGACGUUGAUCAUGUUGCUGACUGAGAAGAGGCUGGAGUUUCUGGACCCUGGCACGGACAUGUUUGUGAGGGUCGUGAACAACGUCAUCAUCCGAGUGCUGGACAAGUCUGAGCAUACUGCCGUCAUAUGUGCUCUUAUCAAGAACCUUUACGACACGGUGAACAACCCGGUGUUCAGCACACACUAUCAAGAGUUGCUGAUGAAGUGUAUUUGGAAAGUCAUCAAGUUCAUCGACAGCUGGGCCGAUGAGCUGCAGUACGACCUCAUCUUUACAGACAUUCACGCUUUUCUCAGGGAUUACCCAUCGUCCUGGUGGAAGAAACAGCCAAGCGACACUCCGCUGAGGACUAUCAAGACCAUCAUGCACACAAUUGUGAAAGUAAAAGGACCUGUCAUCGGCGAGAUCGUCAGGAAUGUACGAGGAGUCACACCGGACUCGGAGCUGUGGACAUACGUGCAAAAACUACUCAAGCACCUUAAGUGCACCAACGACGACCGGAAGGUGGAGCCUGUGAUGGUGGACAGCCAGCCAGACAAUCGGGACAGCCACAAGGGUAAACGGAUGUCCAAGAACUCCCACGACCUCCUCAGCGAGAUCUUCCGCAAGAUCGGCACCAAGGACGAAACCAACGAGGGUAUCCGCAUGCUGUAUGAAUUUAAACAGCAGUACCCGGAUGCGGACAUCAAUCCUUUCCUACAGAAGUCCUCGCAGUUCUUCCAAGACUACAUAGAGCGUGGUCUGAAGAGUAUAGAUGCGGAUAGGAGACUGGCCGGGGUGGACAAGGAGACGGGGAAAGUGGAGGUGGACGAUAAGGACUCGGGGGCGUACCUCCAGCGACUGAGGGUGUGGCAGGCCAAGGCCGGCUGGAACAACGCUCCUCCAGCCGCUACUCGUCCGUCCGCCACGCCUCUCUCACCUUCGCGGCAGGACCUAGACCUGGAGCCGCUACCUAUCCGUCAAUCUCAGCUGGAUACAAGUGGAGAAAGCAUAACCGCAGACGACACCGAAGUAGAAGCGUUGCGGAAACGACUCGAGAAAGUAAAAAGUUCCCUCACCAGGUGAAACAACUCGACGGAAUCUCUUUGUACAUGAACAUUAAAUAUUGUCCGAUUGUUAACCUAUAUUUAUUUUAUGAUCGUAAUAUACAUGUAAAAUAGCUUUAUACAUUGAUAAUUCUCUGAGCUGUUUAACAAACUAGACUAACCCUGCUUCUUGAAGUGUUUAUAGGUUUCGGUUUUACUUGUUAUUCUAGUAAUGUAUGUUUUAAACAAAUCCUAAAUGUUAUUUCCUGGUACAAAUUGCGCUGUUGUGUUUAGUAAGAGAUUUAGAUCUGAAGAAUUUGUCUUAUUGUUAGAAAUAGAGCGAUAUUGUUACAAGAUGCAAUUUGAUUGAAAUUUAUGAUACCACUUUGUGCAAUUUGAGUUUUGAUGUAAUCAUUCGUCAUAUGAAAACUUAAAAACUUCUUAAAACAAUAUUAUGAUCUCUGUAGUUUUUGAAAAUUUAUUGUUUAAGCUUUGGCAAUUUUUAUUUAGUUUGGAAUACUGAAUUGAAAGUCUGAUGGUGGCAUUCCAAAUUAAUUGAAUCUAGUCGUUUUAUCAUUGUAUGUUAAUUUUUUGUCUUUGUUAUAGUAUAUUAAUUACUUAUAUUAUUCUUUGCUUUGGGAAUAGCCAUGUGGCUGAUAAAGUAUUCGGAAAGGGACAGGGUUAAGUUAGCUCACCUCAUAAAAGUCUUAAGAUAGAAAUACAAAAAAUAUUUUGUGUUUUUUUUAUUUGUAUCCUUGGGCUGUUCACUUUUUCAGGAAAUCUAGCAAAACUCUGUCCUUCCCGUCCCCGAAAAGUCUCAGUUUUACUCAUUGACUAUAAAAUUUAUACAUUCUAAAACCUACAGCAUAAAGCUUAUAUAAUUUAAGGCUUAUAAACUAUAUAUUUACACUAUUACAGUAGGCCUACCUAUUGAAAUUCAUAAAUUAUUUCCAGUUAGGCUAUAUAAUGUUUACGUAAUGUUUUAUGUCUAAAUCUUUAAGGUGUAGUAUAAAAUUUUGUUAAUAUGUUUUAAAUAAAUUUGUUCUUUUGGA